AUGUCCCAUGAACCGUUCCCGGCCGCUGGUACCCGAUCGGGCAAUAACAACCGCAAUGCCUCUCGGGACUCGCUCGAACUCGCCUCGCUAGCCUCCUCCUCGCCCGACUCGAGGGAGUCUCGCUCGUCAUCUCCCUCGGGAAUCUCCUCGUCGCGCAAACUCUCUCUGGAGGAUGAAGACCCUCUCGGGGAGCGCACGGGGUUGACCCGCUCCUACUCCGUCUCGUCCGCCUUCGACUUCGGAAACACCCUCUUCCCCUUAUCGCAGACCGCCGGUGGAUAUGCACCCUUGGGAGGUCGGCCGACGCUGGAUCGCGAGGCCGGUGUCACGGAUGGAGCGUUGGAACGGAAUAAGACCCUGACUUACAUGAACGGGCUGUCCCUCGUCGUGGGUUUGAUCAUUGGCUCCGGCAUCUUUUCUUCCCCAAGUCAAGUCAACGCCAAUGCGGGGUCGCCUGGGGCGUCGCUCAUUGCAUGGGUUGUUGCGGGGAUUUUGGCAUGGACGGGCGCUGCGAGCUAUGCCGAGCUCGGGGGCGCAAUCCCCUUGAACGGUGGCUCGCAGGUCUACCUGUCCAAGAUCUUCGGGGAGAUGACGGGCUUCCUAUUCACGUGGUGUGCUGUUCUCGUGCUGAAACCAGGAAGUGCGGCCAUUAUCGCCAUCAUCUUUGGCGAAUACGUGGUCCGGGCCGUUAUGGGCGCUGAAGUCCCAUUGAGCCCCUGGGUCGAAAAAGCCGUCGCAUUCGGUGGGCUAUUCUUAGUGACCCUGUUGAACUGCAUCUCGACUCGAGUGGCUGCCCGCAUCGGUGAUCUCUUCAUGAUUCUCAAAUUUGUCGCCCUGCUCGGGGUCACCAUCAUCGGUAUCAUUGUGGCAAUGACCGGGCUCUCGUCGAGUGGAAGCGCCAGCAAAGAGUGGAAGACUGGCUGGUUUGAGGGCACCAGCACUGAUGUAUCGGCUUGGGCGGUGGCCUUCUCACCACUUCGACAGACAAACUACGUCACGGGCGAGUUCAAGAAUCCGAAUCGCGACCUUCCGCGGGUGAUCCAUACGGCGAUGCCCUUAGUGAUCCUUUCUUAUUUGCUUGCCAAUGUUUCUUACUUCCUCGUGCUGCCCCAUUCGACCAUUGAAUCGAGCAACACGAUCGCCGUUCAGUUUGGCGACAAGGUUUUCGGAAGCGUUGGUGCUCUGAUCUUCGCCCUGAUCGUCUCCGCCAGCUGUCUCGGCGCCCUGAACGCAACCAUCUUCACCAGCGGACGUCUCGUAUAUGCGGCGGGCAAGGAGGGCUACCUGCCCUCGAUGUUUGGAAGUCUGUGGACUGGGGGCUCGCCGUCCAGCGGGUCGACGAAUCGACUGCAGCGUCGUUCGUGGGCGAGCAAGUCAGUCGCUCGUCUCUUCGGGGAAGGGGCACGGAUCGGAUACACCCCCAUCAACGCCAUGGCGCUCAAUUCUGGCCUUACUCUGGUAUAUGUCAUCCUCGGUGAAUUCAAGACCCUCGUCACCUUCUACGGCGUUGCUGGCUAUAUAUUUUACUUCCUCACGGUACUCGGUUUGAUUGUCCUCCGGAUCCGAGAACCGCACCUGGAGCGCCCUUACCGGACGUGGAUCUCGACUCCGAUCAUCUUCUGCUGCGUGAGCCUGUUCCUUCUCAGUCGAGCGGUCAUCGCAGAGCCUCUCCAAACCCUGAUCGUGGUGGCGUUUAUCGUUGCCGGUGUUCCGGUUUACUUCUGGCGCAUCUACCGACGGGACGAGUACUUCUUACUCCUCCUGCAGGCACAGCACCCGACUUUCGUGAUUACAGCUACCAUGGGGAGUAUACAACCGUGGGAGCAGACGGCCUCCCAGAAACGGGCCCUGAGGGACCAAGCUAUGCGGGACUAUAUGGUUCUCGACCUGGACCAGCGGCCCCCUCGAGUUCAAGAUGUCCAUAAACGCUCUGCUCUCGCCAAUGACCCCGUGGCUCAGGAAAUCACCGACAUUGAUAGCAUUCCUGCUCUCCUGGAGCUACUUGGGAGUGGAAAGUACACUGUCGAGAAUGUCGUUCUGGCUUAUAUCAAGAGGGCUGUUGUAGCACAUCAACUGACCAACUGCAUCACGGAAGUCGUCUUCGAGGAUGCACUAGCACAAGCUCGCACUCUGGACGAGCACUUCAAGAAAACAGGCCAACUCAAAGGACCACUCCACGGAGUCCCUAUCACAGUAAAAGACCAGUUCAACGUCGCAGGCGUCGAUACGACACUCGGUUACGUGGGCCGUUCUUUCGCCCCGGCGACAGAGGACGCUGUCUUGGUUCAGAUACUGCGGGACAUGGGCGCCGUUGUUCUUGCCAAGACGAAUCUGCCCCAGAGUAUCAUGUGGGCCGAAACCAAUAACCCUCUGUGGGGAUUGACGGUGAAUCCGCGGAAUCCUGACUUCACCCCUGGUGGUUCGACUGGAGGCGAGGGUGCUCUUUUGGCCUUGCACGGAUCUCUCUUGGGGUUGGGUACCGACAUUGGCGGAAGUGUCAGGAUACCGCAGAGUCUGAUGGGUCUCUACGGGUUCAAACCUAGCAGCGCCAGAUACCCCUACCAUGGUGUCCCGGUUUCCACAGAAGGGCAGGAGCAUGUACCCUCAUCCGUGGGCCCGAUGGCGCGCGACUUAGCAUCCAUCUGCUACGUCAGCCGUCUGAUCGCCGACUCGAAGCCAUGGGAGUCCGACCCGCGAUGCGCUCCCCUCCCCUGGAACGAGACGGCAUUCCAAGAAGUCCAGUCCCGGCCGCUAGUAAUCGGCUUGAUCCUGGACGACGGAGUCGUGAAGGUCCAUCCCCCAGUGGAAAGGGCGCUUCUCGAGCUAUCCCAGAAGCUGAAACACAGCGGCCACGAAGUCAUCAUCUGGGACGCAUCCGACCACCCCGAGUACAUUCGACUCAUGGAUCUCUACUACACAGUCGACGGAGGCGAAGACAUCCGUCGUGAUAUCAGCGUCGCCGGAGAACCGUGCAUACCGCACGUCGAAGCGCUCCUCAACCGCGGCAAACCCAUCUCCGUCUACGAGUACUGGCAGCUCAACAAGCAGAAGGUCGCGCUGCAGAAGAAAUCCCUCGAUGAAUGGAAUACCACUCGCGGCCCCUCGGGCAGAUUAGUCGAUGUCCUCCUGGCGCCCACGACGCCCCAUCCGGCUAUUCCCCAUAGGAGCGUGCGGUGGGUGGGAUACACUAAGAUAUGGAAUUUACUGGACUAUCCGGCUGUUACGUUCCCUGUUGACCGUGUGCGCGCGGAGAUCGAUCAACGGCCGACGGAGGCGUAUCAGCCUAGGAAUGACUUGGACGCGUGGAACUGGAAUCUCUACGACCCGCAAUCUAUGGAUGGACAUCCGGUUAACGUGCAGAUUAUUGGGAGGAAACUCCAUGAGGAGGUUGUGUUGGGGGCUGCUUCUGUGGUCGAGAAGGUUUGGAGAGCCAACAAGUGA